UUGAUUUACCUUGAUUAAAUCGAACUGGCGUUGGUGGGAAGGAACCGCACGCACGGCGGUGGGUCUUCGAGAGGCGACGAAUCAUGUUGCGCCACGUGGUCCUCCUCGAGAUGAAGGACGGGACGCCUGACAGCGCCGUCGCGGGCAUUGUGACGGAGCUUGAAAGUUUGAUAGGGAGAUUACCGGCCGAAGUGAGACUUGUGGAUUACACCUGCGGUCGGGAUGCAGGUCUGGUCCCUUCGGGAAACGCACACGUGGCAAUCGUGGCGGACUUUGAGGACGAAGAUGGGUAUCGCGCAUACCAAAGCAAUGCGGAGCAUCAAGCCAUCAUCAAGAACUUCAUCAUACCCCACCUCCGGAAGCGGAUGGCUUCUCAAUUCAUCAUCAAAGCCUGAACCCCUCCCUCUUUCUCCGAAUUCAUCAUGAUGGUGACGAUGACGAUGGUGCGAUCGGGAGUCUCAUAAUCAUCUUCUCACUCUAUCACCAUGAGCAAAACGGACGGGCGUGCUACUCUGGUGAGAAUGACCAGGUAGUUUCUCUGUGUGUGUGUGUGUGUGUGUGUGUGUGUGUGUGUGUGUGUGWGAGAGAGAGAGAGAGAGAGAGAGAGAGAGAGAGAGAGAGAGGGUGGAGUGCGAGCACCGUGGAUAAACGGUUGUGAUAUGUAAGGGAGAAGAGUGAAUAUGGGGAUGAAUAUGGGAAACUUGUGGUUUUGUAUGCGGUGAUGCAAAG